AUGCAUUCACUACAGUCUUUUCUCUUCCUUCUGCUCCUUGGCUACGGUGUGUUCGCUGCACCAACGUCGCCACGAGCUCAACCUCAGGGCCGGUCCUUCAAGGUUGAGCGGAUUAAGCGUGGAAACUCCAUUCACGGUCCGACUGCUCUGCGCAGAGCCUAUCGGAAGUUUGGCAUAGUUCCUACGACCUUUGGCGUCGAUCUGUCGGACUUUGAGCCUUUCAACACGACAUCUAUCUCAGGCACCGCUGCCAAUCUACUCGUAACCGAUGCGCAAGAGCCAGAGCAGACAGGUGCAGUCAGUGCGCAAUCUGUUCAGAACGAUGCUGCUUUCGUCAGCCCUGUGACGAUCGGUGGGCAGAAAAUAGUGAUGAACUUUGACACCGGCUCAGCAGACUUCUGGGUGAUGAACACGGAGCUUCCGGCGAGUGCUCAGGUCGGCCACACUGUCUUCGAUCCUUCCAAGUCGUCCACUUUUAAGAAGAUGGAAGGAGCUACUUUUGAGAUCAAAUACGGCGAUUCGUCUUUUGCUAAUGGUGGCGUCGGAACUGAUACCGUUGACAUUGGUGGCGCAACUGUUACCGGUCAAGCGAUUGGUAUCCCGACGAGCGUGUCCAAUUCCUUCGUGGAAGAUACCUACUCGAACGGUCUCGUAGGCCUGGGAUUUUCGUCCCUCAAUACAGUCAAGCCUCAGCAGCAGAAGACGUUCUUCGACAAUAUCGCCGACAGUCUGGAUGAGCCAGUCAUGACGGCGCAUCUGAAGAGCGAUGGUGUCGGCGAGUACGAGUUCGGAAUCAUUGAUCAAACCAAGUAUCAAGGCGACAUUAUUAAUGUGACGGUGGACUCCUCGAACGGUUUCUGGCAGUUCCAGUCGGCCCAUUACAAGGUCGGAGAUGGUUCUAUCCAGACUAUCCAGAAUAGUGCUAGUGCCAUCGCUGAUACCGGCACUUCAUUGAUGCUUCUCGAUGACACAGUGGUAAAUGCCUACUACGCGCAGGUCAAAGGCGCGCAGUAUGCCAGCAGCGCCGGCGGUUACAUCUAUCCCUGUGGUACUGAACUGCCUAAUCUCGCGGUUGCUGUCGGCGCAAAGCACUUGGCGACGGUACCUGGCACGUUCCUGGAUUUUGCAGAGGUUGGUAUUAACAAAACGACGGGACAAACAGUAUGUUUCGGUGGUAUCCAGUCCAACCAGGGCACUUCGAUGCAGAUCCUUGGUGAUGUCUUCCUAAAGGCCUUUUUCGUCGUCUUUGACCUGCGAGGCCCAUCUAUUGGACUUGCCUCGCCCAAGUAG